UAUUAUUAUUUGGUGCAUUGUAAUGUUAAAGUAAAUGUUUGAUCUCAUAGUAUGUUAAUAUUACUCGAGCAGUAAUAUUGUAAAUAUACUAAUAUACUCUAAGUAACAUAUGAUUAUUUUAAAUAUUUUAGUUUACCAAAUUUAAGUCUUUCUACAAUCUAAAAAAAAUGGCUAGUGAGGAAGUAAUCCAGUUUCCUGAGCAUUUUCUGUUUGGAACCGGAUCUGGUGCGUACCAAAUUGAAGGUGGAUGGAAACAAGAUGGCAAGACUCCUAGUAUCUGGGAUCAUUAUUUUCACACUAAACAAAUCGUAGUCGCCAAUCCAAAAGUUGUCCACUCGGCUCCCAAGAAGAAAUAUAGUAGUUUUCACAGAGGCACAGAUAUUCACGAAAAUGAUCCAUCUCGUGGUUUCUCACUUGUCGAUGGAGAUAUUGCUUGUGAUUCGUAUAAUAAGCUUGAUGAAGAUAUUAAAAACUUGUGCGAUCUUGGAGUUAAUACCUACCGGUUUUCCAUAAGUUGGCCAAGAGUUUUGCCAUAUGCCGAUGACCGAGUCGAAAAUCAAGCUGGAAUUAAUUAUUACAAAUCGUUAAUUCAAAAACUGUUGGAAAACAAUAUUACACCAGUGGUAACAAUGUACCACUGGGAUCUACCGAACAUUCUCCAGGACCUUGGUGGAUGGUCGAACCCAAACAUUAUUAGAUAUUUCGAAAACUACGCCAAUUUCCUUUUCAGAACGUUUGGCAAAGACGUAAAACUGUGGACUACAAUUAAUGAACCCAGAUUCGUAGCUCUUGCUUAUGGUAAUGAGAACAUUGCACCUAGUGUUGGCGAAAUAUUCAACGGCAUCGCCGACUACAUGGCCAUUCGUAAUGCAUUGCUUGCCCACGCAGCAGUUUACAAGCUGUACAAGAAUAAGUACUUUGAAGAACAGCAGGGUGAGAUCAGUUUGUGCUUAGACACGGCGGCGUAUUUUCCGAUAAAUCCAGAUUCAGAGGAGGAUAAAUUAUGUGUGUCAAAAUCGUACAAUUUUUCGCUUGGAGUAUUCACUCAACCAUUGAAAGACGGCACAUUUCCGCAAUCGAUGUUAGAAGCGAUCGCUAAAACAGACGAAUGCGAAAAUAUAUCUUUAAAACGUAUCUUUGAUUUCACCGAGACCGAAAAACAAGAUCUCAUAGGGUCAUAUGAUUUUAUUGCUUUCAAUUAUUAUGAUUCAUACAAGGUGAGACCAAUGACCGAAGAUGAAUACGCGGAUGAGAAAUAUUUACUGAAUAAAGAUUUGGGAGUAUUCUCUAUCCCGAAUGCAGAAAACAUGGAGGAUACCUUCAAAGGAUUCACUCAGGUGGUUGAUUGGCUUGUGGAAAACUUAGACAAUCCGAAACUGUUUGUUACUGAAAACGGCAUUUUCGAGAAACCAAAUGUAGAUGAAAGUGAAAAAAAAAUCAAAUAUCAUCGUGGUAUUUUGACGGAACUUCACAAAGCGUUACAGAAAGGUGUUGUUAUUAAAGGGUAUUGUGUCUGGUCAUUCAUGGAUUCGUUGGAAUGGAUAAGUGGAUAUUUCAAGAAAAUGUUUGGUAUAUAUUGCGUGGACUUCAACGACCCAAAUAGACCCCGUACCAAAAAGCCAUCGUUUGAGUUCUUCCAAACAGUGUUUACAACAAAAGUCUUACCACCUAUCGAAUCCAAUUAAUAUCACUAUGGAAAAACGGUUUAUAUUGGGAUUAAAUGAUUUUCAAAACUUAAAAAUGUUUAAAUUUAGAUUUAUUUUAAUUGAAAUUAUGGCUGAGGUCGAAAGUAUAAUAUUAUAAUAUAAAGUAGAAUUUAUUAUUGGGCUUUCGUUGAAAUUAUGACAGAACAUUUUUGGCUAAAAUCGAUAAACUUCAUUAUAUAUUGUACAUUUAUACUUCGAAAUUUUCAGGUAUAACUAAAAAAUACAAAAUAUUUACUGUAGCUACUAAAUAUGUCUCUUAUAAUCAAUAAAAUUGAAUUAUACUUUUUUUCUUGUAAUAAUUUUGCAAGUCAAAUAUUUUGUCAUCUCUCGUCUCUCAAAAUAUUAAUAUUUACUUUUAUUAUAAUUAUAAAAAUGUAAGAUAAUAUUUUAAUAUUUUAUUAAU